UGAAUAGAUUUUGAUCCUGCAUACUGCGUAUUGUAAACAAUAACUUAGUUAUGUAUUGCAAGUACAUUAUUAUUCAUAUUUGUUACUCCAAUUAGAUAAUACUACUGCUGCAUCAAAUGCACCUAAUAGGUAUUAUAUUCAGUAGUGUAGUGAUGUAACAGAAUGGACGUGGAUGAUCCAAGGAGACCGCUGCUGGGGCAUGCGCCGGCCGAGCCGAGCCGCGUCCGUCGCGCCGCGUCGAAGCUGUGCGGGCUGGAGUCUUGGCGGCGACGGGUCCCCAUCACAACAUGGCUGCCGAACUACAAGUCGAAAUAUUUGUUCAGGGACUUCAUAGCGGGAUUGACGGUCGGCCUGACCUCCAUUCCUCAAGGAAUCGCGUAUGCCAUAAUAGCAGGGCUGCCGCCUCAGGUGGGCCUAUACUCCAGCAUCUUUCCCGGGUUCGUGUACGCCAUAUUCGGCAGCUGUAAGGACGUCACCGUCGGCCCGACGGCCAUACUGGCGGCGCUGCUCGCCAAAUAUGUCGCCAAAGCCGAGGCGUUCGCAUAUCUGGCUUCGUUCCUGUCUGGAUGUGUCAUUAUGUUACUAGGAGCGCUGCAGUUAGGAUUCCUGUUGGAUUUCAUUUCGAAGCCGGUCAUCAGCGGGUUUACUGCGGCGGCCGCGCUGCAGAUCGGCGCCGCGCAGCUCAAGUCGCUUCUCAGGCUGACAGGAUCGUCGGGUAGUACAUUUCUGGAGGCAAUAAUCAAUUUGUUCAAGAAUAUAAAAACGAUACAUUUGUGGGACUCCGUUUUAGGCGUCACCUGUAUAGUCUUACUGCUGCUGUUGAAACGUUUAAAGGUCUCAACAGACACGAGUUCGAGCGCGGCGCGGCUUGGCUGCGCGCGCUCGUGCUUGCACUUGGUGCGCGCGCGCAACGCGCUCGUGGUGUUCGCGGCCGCGCUGCUCGCGUACCUGCUGUCUUUGAAGGGCACUCUGCCUUUCGCACUCACUGGUACUAUAACCGGCGGGCUACCAAAUUUCGCCCCGCCCCCAUUCUCAACAACCGUCGGCAACCAGACCCUUAACUUCCAAGACAUGCUGGUCGUGUUCGGACCGGAGGGGUUCGUGAUGCCUCUCGUCGCCAUAUUGGAGAGCAUCGCUAUAGCUAGGGCUUUUGCUGGCAGCAAACCCGUUGACGGCACCCAGGAAAUGUUAGCCGUGGGCGCGUGUAACAUAGUGUCCUCGUUCUGCCAGGCCAUGCCGGCCACCGGCUCCUUCACCAGGACGGCGCUCAACCACGCGUGCGGCGUGGUCACCCCCGCCGGAUCCAUGUUCAAAGCUCUACUAGUCUUACUAUCGGUGACGUUAUUCACUGAUGCAUUCUACUAUAUACCCCGCGCUGUGCUCGCAGCCGUCAUCAUGGUCGCUAUGAUGUCUAUUAUAGAACUCGCUAUCAUACCGACACUAUGGAGGAAUAGCAAGCUGGAGCUGGUAGUAUACUCGGGCACAGUAAUAGUGGGGUGUACACUCGGCUUGGAAUAUGGCAUCGCGGCGGGCGCGGGCGGCGACGCGCUGCGCGCACUAGCGAGCAGCGCCAGGCCGCAGCUACACCCCGCCGUGUUCAAGGUGGGCAACGAGUCGUGUAUCUCCCUGACCCUGACGGGUAGCCUGGGCUACGCCGGCGCGGAGCACUGCGCAGGCGCGGUCCGCAAGCACGCGCGCGCGACGCCGCUUGUGGUCGUGCUAGACGGACGGCUGCUGACUAGUGUGGAUCUUGGGGUUGCUGAGAGCCUCAUCACCACGAUCCUGGACCUGGAGGGUCAGGGUCACCGGUUCCUCUUCUGGAACUUCUCGCCGCGACACCAGAAACUGCUGGUGGAGCUGCAGCCUAACUUCGACACUAAAUUCGUCACUGGGCCCAGCAUAGACCAGCAUAUACUAGCUUUAGACAUCCAAAGAAGACCGACGGUAGUAUACUGAAAAUAAGAAACUCCUAUUAAGAGAAAAA